AGAGAGGCGGCGGCGGCGACGAGUGGGGAGGAGAGUGGGCGUGUGACGCCGGCGGUUCCCGAGCGCCCGCGGGUGCCGAGUCCCCCCGCCUCCCUGGCCGCGCAGCCUGCGGACACCAUGGCCGGCGAGACCGAGGAUCCGAACGGCCGGGAGACGCAGACCGUCUGCGACGCCCUGGAGCGCUACGAGGACACGCUGCGGGGCGCUGUCCGGGAGAUCCAUGUGGACAUCCAGCUGUUCAAGCAGGGGGUAGGGCGGCAGGUGGAGGAGGUGCUGCGCCUCGCCAGCCCCCUGGCACACACGGUCUCGGAGCUGCAGCAGGAGAACCGGCGCCUGCGGGCGCAGCUGGAGCGCCUGUCUCGGCAGGUGGAGGCCCUGGGCCGGUCGGCGGGGCUGCCGCAGGAGUGGGCGGACGAGGCGGUGGAGAGCCCCCAGGCCGCGGGGGCCGGCUCUCCGGGGCAGGGUUCGGCCGACGGCGCGUUCGCCAGCCAUGCCAAGCCAGCGGUCCCUGGCCGGAGCCAAAGUGUGGACCUGGAUGACCACCACAAACCCGAGUUUAGAAGAGUUUUUAGUUCUUCCAUCAUUGAAAAUGGAUGUCGGUCUUCAUCAGGAAGUCAGGCGAAAGUCUGCCAUGAACUGACCUCUUUUCAGAUGUCAGACUCCUCUUCCCCUGAAGCCCAUGCCCCUGCAGUCACCCUACAGAUGCCUCACCUUCCUGUUACUGCAGUAACCAGGACAUCUGAGAAGUUUUCAGGAGAAAACAUCUGUUCAACAGGAACAACUAAUGCAUCUGCUGGCCUGCUGGGACAGAGCAAGAGCAAAAAUGCAAUGGCAGUAAAAACUUCCAACCAGCCAGUGAAGGACUGGAAUUCAGUUACGGUGAGAACAGUGGACUCAUCUGCCACUGGAGAGAAUGCCACUUCUGUCACUAAAUCUGUCUCAGCUGUGAGCUAUGGGAUACAGAGUGGAACCAAAACUGGUGAAAGUGCCGCUGAUGGUUACUGUGAAGUGACCCCCAGCUCUCGCUCCUCUCCUCCCACUGUGCAUCGCCCAGCUGAAAGGAGACGGGAACUGGUGCGGUCUCAGACGCUCCCACGGACUUCAGGAACUCAGGCCAGGAAAGCACUUCUUGAGAAAUUUGAACGUAAUGAUGCAAAAGGAAAAGGAGAAUCCAGAGCUAAGCUGAAGAGGUCGCUGAGUUUUGGGGUUGCCAGCGCUAGCAGCAUUAAACAAAUUCUGUUAGACUGGUGUCGCUCAAAAACCAUAGGAUACAAGCACAUUGAUCUCCAGAACUUCUCCUCAAGCUGGAAUGAUGGGAUGGCAUUCUGCGCUCUUGUGCAUUCUUUCUUUCCUGAAGCUUUUGAUUAUAAUAAGCUUGACCCAGCUAAUCGCAAGCAGAACUUUGAGCUGGCCUUCACCAUGGCUGAGAAAAUGGCUCAUUGUGACCGUCUGAUAGAAGUGGAUGACAUGCUGAUGAUGGGUCACAAGCCAGACCCAAUGUGUGUCUUCACCUAUGUCCAGUCUCUCUACAGCCACCUACGACAUUUUGAAUAAAAGCAUCGACACCUCUCCAGCCAGAAGGGUCAAGUACAGUAUGCUAAUGGGAAGAAUGACAUUUUGCAAGUGGAGCACAGUGUUAUUUCUUGCUUUUUACUGUCCCUUUGCUUACAUUCAGCUGUGUGGCUGGCUGACUGAAGUGUUGCUGAGCAGUGCCUUGAAGUGUCGAUCACAUCACCAUGUAUGGAAAUAGGUUUGAAAAAGACAAAAAAACAUAGGCAAAGGCAAAUGCUGUCAUUUUGGUGCUGUAGUAGGUUGGAUUUUUAAUACUUUUAUGAUUAAAGAUCACAGGAAGCUGAUUUGCUGCUCCUAUCUCUGUAAGGUUGGGGACACAGUUUUAUGCAGUGACAUGUAACUCUGCUAUGAAGGUGUUUCCUCUUAAAAAUGCAGGUAAAACUCCAGAAGAUAGCACCUUCACUUCCAUUUCUCUGUUGAGCAUAGUACGAAAGAAAUAGCAGAUGGACAAGGAAUAUUCUGUUUAGCAAAUAAUAACCUACAGUACUCAACCACUAGGGCAAUAUUGUCUCUCCUGCAACCCUGCCCCUCUGCCCCAGCACACACCCACAGAGAUCAAACAGGCAUUGUUUUGUUCUCUUAAAACAUAAAGAGAACAAAACCUCUGGUCUGCUGCCUGUGGUGACAAAUAACUACCAAGUUGCACACCAGCGUUUGUCUGUAAUGCGCACAUCUAAAAUGAUUUGCUUAGAGGCAUAUUAAAGCCUCUACUGGCAUUCCUGGAUUAAUUUCUUGAUCAUGAAGAAUGGCAAUAGCUGCUCUGUAUAUGAGAUUGUGUGCUUGCAUAAUUUAUGAUUACAGGAUAGGUGGGAGCUGGCAAGGUACAAACCUCUCUGAACAGUUGGAAUAGAAACAAGGCUGUAGUGUGCUUAGACAUGGACUCUGGAGGAGAGCAGCUCUCCAGUGUGGAUGGGAGUGAACUCUUUACAACUUGUUCGGUCCUCAUGCUGACCCAGAGGUAGACAGACAAUACACCAAAAAGGUAUGAAAGAUAUCAGUGUCUUGAAAUGCCUUGCACUACUUUCAGUUUUCAGUUACAUUAGCACUGAAACCACAAUACAGUUCGAUUAUUCCAGAUUUACUAGACAAAAGGAUUGUGUAUCCCCCUUUGUGGCUUUCUUUUUGAUAAAUCAACAGAGCCUUGUUUUCACAGUGAAUGUUAAAAUCAAAACCACUAAGAAAGCAUACUUUAAAAAAGCCUUUUAAAAUUAUUUCUUCCCUAAGAACAGGCUCAUAAAAAGUAAAAACUGAAAGCCAGAAGCCCUCUGCUCAUGCUAGAGAAUGUUUUUUAACCUGCACUUGUGCUUUUUGUAGAUAUUUAUAAAGAUUACUUUGGUUCUGUAUUGAUGACCAUUUAUAAUAAAAUAUGUCAAGCGCUCUUCAGAUUUGUUGCAUCGCUUUAGAAUGAAGUGACAGAUAACCAAUCAGUGAAAACAACACAGAGCUUUUGCUUAGAAGGUUUUAGUUCUAUUCCUCUGAAUUUCAGUUUUAAAAAGUACAGAAGUUCAGUUGCAUUUGGAAUAUGAUUUUCGUUCAGUCUCCCUUUCUAGUCAAGUUUACUUCAGAAACCAUGAAUGAAGCAACCAUUUUAUUAGCAGGAAACAACAACAACAACAAAACCACCAAAAGUGUAUUAAGGCAAAGUAUAAGUUAUCUGCUCUAGGUGUGUAUCAUCAGGUUCUGUUUAAAGUGUAGCUAUGCUGUUGCUGUGACACUGUGGCAACUGUUUGAGAGACUUAAAUACACUUAAUAAUAUAAGGAUCUGAAAGAUACUUAAUCAAAUUAGCAGGAUCCUUGGUAUUGUAAAUCUCACACCUUUCAUGAAAGUGGACAGAGAUUGGGUGGGCUGUUCAUAUUAGUCAUGUAACUGCCAUUGUCUUCAGUUUUUUACUUUGUCUUGAACAGCCAUAAUUCUGAGGAGUGAGUGUGCACCUGGAGCUCUACCAAAUGCCCCGUAAGGCUAAACACACUGUACUUAUGGUUUGGAGAAGUUUGGAUUAAGCAUGAUGAGAAAUCUGUCCAUGGCUGUCACCCGCAAUACACCUAUUUACUUUCUCACAGCAGAAUACUUUUUAUUGACUAACAGAGCCAAGUUCCAUCAUAGCUACCACAAGAGGGGCAAUACUGGCUUUAUACAUCGCAUUUCUUCACAGUCCCAGGGCAUGGAUGAUUUUACUGUGUGAUAUGAGUGCUAAAGUCACAGGUAAGUGCUUGGCCAAUUUAGGCCUAGUAGCAUGUAAUUACAUAAAGGAAGUUUUAGACAGUAAAAUUAUUGCCAAUUCACCGGGGUGAAUUUACACCCUUUCUGUAAUUUAGCUUGUUUUCACAGCUACCCGGAAGGUCUUUGUACAGGUUUUCUAAAGUCUUCCCACUUCAAAGAGGUGAUGGUAAAGAUACCUGCUACUUGCCAGCAAACUGAUUGCAGGAAAGUGGAAAACUGUAAGCUGAGUUUAACUGUUAGUGUUUCAUGUGUAAGAAGAUGAGGGAGAUAGUGCUAUGAUGUAAUUUUAGAAAAACUUACAGCUUUGUGCAUUAAGAGAUCUGAUCUAUAUGAAUAACCUCGACUACUUGAUUGUAUGAUUAAAUUGAAAUUAAAGUAUAUAAUGUAUGCCCCAAUGGAUUUUUCAGUAUUUUUAUUAUUUAAAAAAAUGCAGAGAGCAUGUAUGUAUAUAUGACAGGAAACGUGUUUAGCACGAGUGAUAAAGAGAAUAAGUUGGCAUAAUAUAUAUUUUACACAAAUGGACUAUUUCUUAGCUUUUCUAGUGUUUCUGCACUGUAUCUAAAAGUGUCUAUGGUUGUUUAUUGGCAACUUGAUCCUGCUUUUAGAGGCUAGAUUAGUUUGUUCUGUGCAAUAUUUUCAAGAUAAUGUCAGCAGAGGCAUCAUCUACUUUUUAAGAUUAUGUUUGCGUACAGCUUCCCACAGCAGGAAAGUCCUCCUCUUUGAAAGUAUAAUAAUUGAAUGGAUGCCUUUCAUCACUUUUCCCUUUGUGCGACACUUGCAAUAAAAUGUUUAAACAUA